AUUAAUAAUUUUAACAAUUGAAAAAAUACAAAGUAAUUGAAAACUUCAUAUCUAAACGAUAAUUGCUGAAAGUGUAGUAACUGUUGAAAAAGAAUUAAGACUUUGUUUUUCUCUAAAUUGAAACAUCAGUUUUGACCAUAGGAUUUGAAUUCAUGAUGUUAUCACUUUUAUCGUCAGAUGGCAUUGUUAUUAUUUAAAAUAUCGCACAGUAUACAUUUCGAUCGGAACACCAAGUGUUUCGGAGUUCGAUUUAUUUAACAAUUAGAGAUUUUUGUGAGAGUAUAGUGCUUCCGUGCUUCGCAAUAAUUCUCAGAAAAUCGUCGAAUUUUGAUUCAUUGUAGUCGUUGUUUCUCUGCAUUGCCACUGCAUUGCGAAUUGCGACAUGUUUGGGAAAGAAGCUGUUAAACUCAUAAUGGAACUCGAUAUGCACGAAGAUAUUCGACCGUUUAAUGAACAGGUGAUGCGACAAGUUUUUGAAGAGAUGCAAAUGCUUUAUGAUGAUAAUAUAAUGGACAGCAAUGCCAUAAAAAACGAAGGGCUCAUACCAUCGACGUUGAUACCAUCGAUGCAUUUUCGCCAUACGGCUUUACUCAGGAACCAAAGAUGCGUGCUGGCGUAUCUGUACCACCGGCUCAAACGGUUACGGCAGCUACGCUGGGAACUAGGUAGCAUUCUGCCGACCGAAAUAACUGCCAACUUACUGAACGCGGAAAUGCAGUGGUUUCAAAAUUAUAAUAAAUCUCUGGCCACCUACAUGAGAUCAAUAGGCGAUGAUAAUGGAUUAAAUCUGACUAUGAAUAUGAGCCCUCCAAAGACUCUUUAUGUCGAAGUGAAGUGCCUAAGUGAUUUUGGCAAACUGGAAAUUGACGACGGCGAAGUUAUUACACUCAAAAAGAAUACAUAUCAUCUGUUACCAAGAGCCGUAUGCGAGCCGCUUAUCAGACAAGGCGUACUUGAGCACCAUAACACGUGAUAAUUGAUACAGAGAAAUAUAUAGAGGGAAAAGGCAUCCGCGAUCUUCUGCAGUGACCAGACGAAAAAGAAAGACAUCGGUACAUCUUAUGCGUAAGAACUUCGACGUGCUGUAAAUUCGACUUGGCAUGCUGUUGAUUAGUGUCUGGUAAUGGUAGGUAAGUUAACGAUGCGGAUGCUCCGAGACAUCGCAAACAUAUUUACUGUUUUAUAAAACUGUGUCAGAAACUGUGUAUCAGAAAGAGAGGGACAUACUUUUAAACUUUGAUUUUACGAAAACAACGUGAUUUUUUUCCCUUUCCUUAAAAAAUUUACUUAUUUAAUAUAAUUAGGAGAAAAAAAUUUUUUUUUUGAAAAUAUUUAUACUAUGUUACAACAUGAUAUCGUUUGCCGGAAAAGAAUGUCAUAAAUUAUAGCUAAAAAAUGCUAGAGAAACGAUAGUCCGGACGCUUGAGUCAGUGUACUUUCCCAAUUCUGUUGUACAGCCAAAUAAUGGUAGGAUCUGUCGCGCCGCAUGAAUUUGAAGACGCUACUUUCUUUCUUUCUUCUUACAUAAUCACGAUGUUGAUCGAUACUUUUGUAAACAACAUAAGUAGGUAAUUUUCCAAGAUCAAGAUAGCCAACGUAAGUUUAUCACAAAAUAAGACAAAUCCAUUUAAUAUCAUUCAAGAUUAUAAGUAUUUUAAUACAUGAAUUUGUGUAUCUAUGGAGCGCGUUUCUUGUACAAAUAUUCGCGCAUGGUGAUUGAUUAUUCGAAAAACAUUAUUUUUAUUGUAAUUGUAAUAGAAAUUAUUUAUUGUUAUAAUAUUAUAAUAGUCAGUAAUGUCAUUAAUGUCAGUCAAUAGCUAAUAAUCAGUAAAAUUAAUAAAAACUAAUUGGCUUAUGUAGACAAAGUAUUAAAAAUUUGAGUUUAAGACUAAAAGUACAAAUAUAAGUACGAUUUUUUUUCUCUACACAUUGUACAUACACUCCUUGUACAUACAUACAAAAAACUCCUCAACUUUCAAAUUAGCAUUACUAAAAUUCAAACCAAACAGAGAUAUGUAAAACAAUGAAUUCCAACAUUUUUCCAACUACUUUGACAUAGUAUUGUAGCAUUGUAGUCAAGAUGUGUAAAUAUUCACGAAGUACUGCGUCCCGAAUAUAUCUCGAUAUAUGAAUAAAUCUAUAUGUUAAACUAUUUAUAGGUUUUUAUGACUUUUGGUAUACUUAUUUAUUACGCUACUAUGCAAAUUCAUCUUUUUGUUCUGUGCAGGGCCAUUAAUUUUUUAAAGAAAAUUACCUUUUUUUUUAAAAGAUAUAUUUGAAUUAGCUUUAUUCAUAACCAUUUAUGAUUUUGCUAAUGUAUCAGCAAGAUUUAAACAACUCCAAAAAA